GGGUAGACAUCAGUUGUGCAAGAGAAGGCUGAGGUACCACAAUGAUCAGAAGACUGGUUUCUUUGAUUCUUCUAAGUACAUUGUCUGUGACUGAAAUGAAUGAGGUUCCUCAGCAGAUCUCUUUAACUGUGGCUAAACUUGGAGAUAAUGUGACUCUGACAUGUGACCUCUCUGAGCCAGGGUUGUCUUACUGGUAUAAGCUGAAUUAUGGAUAUAUGUUUCAAACAGUUACUGAAGGAAGUUUUGACAAAAUAUUAUUAAAAAUUAACAACUCAAGAUUCAAUGCCACAAAAGUGGGUACUGUGCUUUCUCUUAUCAUAAGAAAUGUAAGCAAAGAAGAUGAAGCAACAUACUUCUGUCAAGCAGGAUCAUCAUUCAAUAUGACAUUUAAAAAUGGCACAAUUUUGGCAGUGAAUGAUCCUAAAACGCAGCAUAAAUUUUCCACAGUAAAACAAACUUCAGAUGGGAAUUCAGUCCAUCUGGGUGAUACAAUGACUCUGCAGUGUUCACUCUUCUCUGAGAACAAAAAUGACCCAGAUCAGUGUCCAGAUGAAGACAAAGUGCACUGGUUUAAAGGUGCAUCAGAAUCCUAUCCAGGCAUCAUUUACCAUGGCAGUAUCAGAAAUAAAGAGGACGGGAAAUGUGACUACAGUCUGUCCAAAACUAUAACAAACUCAUCUGAUGCUGGGACGUACUACUGUGCUGUGGUGACAUGUGGAGAGAUCCUGUUUGGUAAAGGAACUAAAGUGGAGAUAGAGGAGUUCCCUCUCAUUACUGUGCUUGGGGCACUGCUGACCUGCUCUGUGCUUAUGAAUUUUGCACUGAUUCUCACCAGAAAAAAAAUCCAACCUCGUGAACACCGCAAAGGAAAAGUAGAAGUCUUUACUGAUGUUGAACAGGACAAAUCAUCCAGGGAUCAAAUGAGCAACGAGGAAGGUGAAGAUGUAGGACUAAACUAUGUGGCUCUGGAUUUCCCCUCAAGAAAAUCUUCAAGAUGGAAGAGUAAGAAGGAGUCACCAGAGAGCACCAUAUACUCUGGCAUCAGAGAGGGCCAGUAAAAGGCAGAUUUAAGGUUGAUGCAGAUGCCAUUCCUCUGUGUAGAUGAAAAAGGAAAUUACAAUGACAAAGACAGAUUCUUUUGUAAGACGGAUUCUUUUAAUCACCUUAAUGAAGAUAUUCUGUCAGGAUUAGAGAGGUAAAAUGGGGCACAACCAUUAAGAUACUUAAAGACAAAUGGAUUCGUAAAUGAACUGGAAGCCAGUGAAAGGGAAGCUAAAACUGGAGUAAAGUCCUCUUGCUUGCUCGCACAAGAUAAAUAUUGUAUAUAAAAGCAUGUGUUCAUGUUUCAAGGUUGUGUUUGGCCUGAAUAGUUACACAGUUGCCUCAGUUAGAAAAAGCAGGGUUAGGACUUAAACAAAUGGAGAGCUUAUGAGGAUGAGGAUAUCAUGGUCCACAGUAUCAAAAGCAGCUGUUAAGUCUAAAAGCACGAGUAACACGCAGUCACAGAAUCAACUGCUAAACAUAUGUUGUUACAAACCACAAAAGAAUGGACUCUGUACUGUUGUGAGUUUUGAACAAUGUGAGUAUACAAACAUG